GUUGGCUGACAGGAUUGUGCGUCAUCGCCUCUUACCGCUCCAGUACUAUAACCCCCCUUGAAGCCGCUGGCGAUCACACAAGUGUGAAAGUACCAGCCCCAACUGUUGCCCGGACCAACCCAUUCAGCAUCCAGGUCCCACACAGUCCGACAGAGAGCAGAGAGAGUGCGCACGGAGCGCAAAGGGGAAAGUCGCGCUUUUACAGCGUGGAUUGUUUUUAAUGAUUCGUUUGGACAUUUCUCUGCACGUUUCCUCUUUUUCAUAUUUUUUGGAGUUUUUGCUGGAUCGUUCUCGGCCCAUAAUCGGCAGUCCUUAUUAUGGCUUCCUCGCACCUGUCUCUACUGACGCUGAUCUGCGUCCUGGCCUCUGCAUCGUUUACCGGAGACACCGGCUUCCUCCAGCUCUCAAGUGACUUUGAUGAGGAUAUGCUCUCCCGGCAUAUGCAUAGGUUGUACGAGAAAUAUAACAGAGAGAAGCGCCUGAAAGAAGGAAACACUAUCAGGAGUUUCAGAGCCAUCCAAGACUCUGCUGACCACAGGAUUGUGUACAGACUUAACCUAACAACCCUUCAGGAAUCAGAGGCCAUCCUCUCUGCAACAUUCCACUUCCUGCUAGAUAAGCACACACUUACAAGACCCUGGUUCUGCAAACGCUUCAAGAGCCCAUCAUGCCACUCCGCAUUCACACAACCUUCUCCGUCCAUCAGCUUGCUGUUUCGCUCCCUCUCUUCUGGGUCGGAGGUUAGAUCUGAGCCGGUGGAGUCAUCUAUAGGUAACAUAACCUUUUACCCCCACAGGAAGGGGGUUUGGCAGAUGAAAGAUGUGACCAAGAUAAUAAAGGAAGCUCAAGAUAGGGGUCAGUUUUUGCUGUCGCUGGAACUGGAAUUUGGACAACAGCCCCAUAAAAAACAAGGGGAUGUUUUCUCUGCUGUCAGCAUGCCCUACCUGUUACUGUAUGCCAAUGACCAAGCUUUAGCAGAGCCAAACAGUGUUGCUGCUAGCCUUCAGAGAUAUGACCCAAUAAGUGAAGGAGCAGAAGUCCUGCACAGGUCUAACUCCUCACCAAGACUGAAGGGACGAAUAAGAAGACAAACAAAUCCACUCCCUGACACCAUUCAGAACAACGAGUUGCCCGACGUCAACUACAGACCCAGUGAAUACAGAAAAGAGGACCUAUGGGAGAUCAACCGGCACCUUGCACUCAAACCGAAGUUUAAAGCAGAGAGGAAAGAAAAGAUGGGGAAGAGUCAAGACAGGACCAGAGAAGAGCGAGACAAAGCUGAACAUCAGACCCUCAAAGGAGAAGAGAGACUAGCACAAAUUAAAAUGGACGAUUCAACUACCUUCAGAGAUAGUCCAACACUUUCUUUUGGUGACGGACAGAAGAAUCAGCGGAGCAAUCAGGGAAAACACAAGGGCAGGGUUAACACUCAGUCAUCUGUUCUGAGUUUUGAUGAACAAACAAUGCGGAAAGCCAGGAGACGUCAGUGGGGCCAUAACAGACGCUGUUCCAGGAGGAACCUAAGAGUGGAUUUUGCUGAUAUUGGCUGGAAUGAAUGGGUUAUAGCCCCCGAGUCAUUUGAUGCCUAUUACUGUGCUGGUGCAUGUGGUUUUCCAAUGCCUCAGGCUGCCAGGCCAUCCAACCACGCCACCAUUCAGAGCAUAGUCCGAGCUGUUGGGAUCAUCCCUGGGAUUCCUGAACCCUGCUGUGUCCCAGAAAGCAUGAGUCCCCUGGCUGUGCUCUUCCAGGAAGAAUCCAGAAACCUGGUACUCAAGGUUUAUCCCAACAUGUCCGUCCAAUCCUGCUCCUGCCGAUAGAACAGUGGUGAGGGGAGAACGCAAACAAGGGAGAAACAACAGGUGUAAAGGUGGCAGAACUGUGCAUCGGAUAACAGGUUUCCUGAUGCUGGAAAAAAAUGACACCCUAUAUUUCUUCAGGAAUAAGGGAGCUAUAAAGGAAUCAAUUCCAUUGAAUUUGACUGACCUCUGCACUGACAGGAGAAGCACAGACAGUAUUUUGUAUCUCCAAGAAGACCCAUAGGUUGCUGAAUGCAUUCUGUUGAGAACAGCAUUUAAGAGAUGUUUUCCUUUUUAAUAGCAGAAUGUUUUUAAACACAGCUCAUGUUGAGUCUGUGGUUUUGUUUUACAAUGCACUGCAAAAGUAUUCAUACCUGUUGAACCUUUUAAAAUUUGUUCCCAAUACAACCACAGGCUUCAAAACAUUUCCCUGGGAUUUUAUGUGACAGAACAAUACAAAACUCUCAUUUGUGAAGUGGAAAUACAAGGACAGGUGCUAUUUAUUUUCUCCUUUACAAAUAAAAUUAUGUAAAGUGUGGUGUUCAUUUGUAUUCAGAACCCCCAAGUCAGAGUCAGAUAACCACUUUCAGGUUUCUUCCAACUUCUAGAAACCUAGAUCUGUGUUUGCAUAAUAAUCCAUCAAACACAGCAGACUGGAAGGAUGGUAUCUUUGAAAAGCAAUUUUAAAUUUAACAUUUAUCCCUGGGCUUUGACUAAGUCACUCUAAUACAUUUCUAUUCUUUAAUCUAAACCAUCCAAUUUUGGUUCUGGUUGAAUGUCUAACGUUGGUGUCCUGGAAGGUGAUCCUCAGCCCUUAUCACAAGUUUGUUGCAGUCUCUAAGGGUUUUCUUACAGAACUCCCUCAUCUUUAGAUGCAAUCAUCUUCCCAUCAACUCUUGGCAAGUUCCCUCUUCUUGCUGAAUAAAACCAUUCCCAUAGGGUGAUGUUUCACCAUUUUAAACAUGUUCCAUCAUUUCCACAUACACGCUCACACAUUUUGUUCUACUUUAUGUUGGUCUGUCACUUAAAAUCUUAUCCAAAUACAUCCAAGUUUGUGUAUCUAAUAUGAUGAGAUGUAAAAAGGAGUAAGAAUACUGUUGAAGGUGAAAUCUUUGACUGCAAAAUGACAUUAUUUUUUGGCAGCUCAUUCAGAAAACAAGAUUACAAAAUAUUUCCAAUUUUGUGCAUAGUUUAUACCCUCAUAUGUGUACUUUUGUUUGCAGAAAAUAUGUUGUUUAUGUUGUAUAAAGAAACAAAUUGUAGAGAGCACUUCACACCCAGCAACUCCCCUCUAACACUUCAAGUAUGUUGGAAUAAAAACAUGUGUUUUGUAA